UCGGAAUGACAAUAUGAGGUUGUGUUUUAGUCGAAGUUGGGUUAAUAAUCACAGUGUUAAAAGGGACUAAAAAAACAUUACCGUAAAAAUGAUUACUUUCAUAUUUCUUAAAUAAUUUUCGUAAUCAAAUUCAACAUCGAAGAUUUUUUAAAUUAAGAAAGAUUCGAAAUUGUAAUAUAUAUUGUAGAAAAUGGCAAAUCCUCCGUCAAAUGUUGGUCAAUCCUAUUUUUGGGGUUCGGGAGUUUCUCAACCACAAAAUAUGGGAUAUUACUCCGUACCACCUCCGAAUUUUCCACCUCCAAAUUUUAGACAGCCACCACCAUCUUACAAUAUGCCUGUGUCUACGUUACCUGAAAAUAAAACUGGAAAUUUUGUCCCAUCAUAUCAUUCCAUGGGAACAUGUUACCAAAAUGAAGUAUCAAAUUCUUAUCAUGAUGUUUCUUACCAAAACCAAACAGAACUACAAUGCAACAAUCAGAAUUAUGGGUUAUCAAAUUAUUCUCAAUCAGUAACUGGAAAUUUUAACACAAAUUGGGAUGACAGAAACAUGUAUCAUAAUAAUGAUAAUACAGAGUGGAAAUCUAAUAAUUAUUCAUCUGAUUGGAGUAAAUCACAAAGUAACAAAGAUUCUUGGUAUGAAACAAACAAAAUGCAAGAAGAUGAUAGAAAAUCUAUGUAUACAAAAUAUAAUAACUCUCCAAAGAAUAGAAGAUUUGAAUGGAGAUACAGAGAUAAAGAACCCUCUAAUAGUCAUUCAGUUAGCAAAAAACGUUCUAGAAGUCCUGACAGUAGAUCAAGGGAAAGUAGAUCAAAUAGAUCACCAUAUAGAUCAAGACAUGAUUCUCAAAGAGAUAGAUAUUCAAAGUAUCUUAAAAAUAGAUCGACUUCUAGAGAACGUUUGCACUCUGAAGAAGACUCUGAUAGAAGGUCACUGUACAGAAGGAAUAAUUCACAUACAUCACGCUCCCAGAGAUCGUAUACAAGUUACAGAAGUAGGAAGAGGUCAAGGUCUCAGGAAUCUUAUUCAUCUAGAAAUACUAGUCCAAACAACAAUCUUCCCAUUACCAGGGAUCGAACUGAAAGAGAGUUACUUUUAGAAAAAUAUAGGCAAGAUUAUUGUGCAACAAGCAAAGAUAUGGAAAGAAAAAUGGAUGAAUUGUCUGCAAUGGGACCAGAAGGUAUCAUGGAAAAUGCAAGAAAAGUAUGGACACGUACUGCACCAGCAGAUUUGUAUUAUUCUAGAGAUGACAAUAAUCCAAAAAUAAUGGAGGGAACAAUGAAAUUACACGAGUUAUGUGAAUUAUUCAAGAAAGUAUUAUUAAAUAGAGCUGCAGCUGCAAGAGCUUUGCAGUCUCCUUAUGAACCACCUCCAAGAAAAACUAGAGCUCGUUUAUGUAGACACAAGUCUGAAGCUUGUAGUAGCUCUUCUGAUAGUGAUAGUUCAAUGGAUGAAGAUGAUAGAACAAUGGAGGAAUUAAUGGCAAAGAAACAACAUCCACAAAGAUUACACCCUGAAAUGUGGUUUAAUGAUCCUGGAGAAAUGAAUGAUGGACCAUUAUGUAGGUGUAGUGCAAAAUCAAGGAGAUCUGGUAUUAGGCACGGAAUUUAUGCUGGAGAGGGUGCCAUAAACAAAUGUGAUUUAAAUUCGAAUAAUGCUGAUAAAUUAUAUCAUUAUCGAAUAACAAUUAGUCCGCCAACAAACUUUCUUACUAAAACACCGACAAUUAUUAAGCACGACGAACAUGAAUUUAUAUUUGAAGGAUUUUCUAUGCUUUCACAUUUUCCUCUUGUGAAAUUGCCAACUUGUAAAGUAAUCAGAUUCAAUAUCGAAUAUACAAUUCUUUACAUAGAUGAAAAGUUACCGGAAAAUUUUAUUAUUCGAGAAUUAGAUUUUUUUCAAACUUAUUUAUUUAAGGAAAUAUUAGAACUUAUAGACUUUGAUUUACAUGCCGCGCAAAAUAAAUCUGGCUGCGGACAAUUUCAUUUUAUGCCAAGAUUUGUACGUGAUUUAGCUGACAAUGGACAGGAAAUAUUGUCCAUGAAUGAGGUUUUAAAUUAUUUAAUAAAAAGUAGUAAAUUGUUAAUAGAUCCAGAUGAUCUACCUAGGUUGGUGGAAAUGCCGCAAUGUAGGUGGCAAAAUUUUGCCGACGAGGUAAAGGGUAUGAUUGUUACAUAUCCUGGAAAAAAACCAUGCAGUGUUCGUGUAGAUCAAUUGGAUAGAAAUCAAACUGAUCAACCGCCUGGGAUAAUUGUAUAUCCCGAAAUUGUACAUUUCGGAAUUAGGCCACCGCAACUUAGUUAUGCAGGAAACGCAGAUUACCAAAAAGCAUGGAGAGAUUAUGUAAAAUUUCGUCACUUAUUAGCUAACAUGCCAAAACCAUCAUUCGAAGAUAAAAGAAAAUUAGAAGCAAAAGAGAAUAAACUUCAGGAAUUAAGAACUCAAAGCAAAAUGAAACGUGAUGUUACCGUGGAUGUUAGUUCUGAAGGCUUUUAUAGAACUGGAAUAAUGUGUGAUAUAGUACAACAUGCUAUGUUAAUACCAGUACUUGUUUGUCACUUAAGAUUUCAUAAAUCCUUAGAUAAUUUAGAGCGUACAUUAGGCUAUGAAUUUAAAAAUAGAUAUCUUCUUCAAUUAGCGCUAACACAUCCUAGUUACCGUGAAAAUUUUGGAACAAAUCCAGAUCACGCAAGAAAUUCAUUAACUAAUUGUGGAAUAAGGCAACCUGAAUAUGGUGAUCGUCGAAUACAUUAUAUGAAUACCCGGAAACGCGGUAUUAAUACAUUAAUUAAUAUAAUGUCAAGAUUUGGUGCGAGAACCGAAACAGAAUCUUCGAUAGCACAUAAUGAAAGAUUGGAAUUCUUAGGAGAUGCUGUAGUUGAGUUUCUUACAUCAAUUCAUUUAUUUCAUAUGUUUCCUGAUUUGGAAGAAGGUGGUUUAGCUACUUACAGGGCAGCAAUUGUUCAAAAUCAACACCUCGCUGUAUUAGCGAAAAAGUUAAAUUUAGAAGAAUAUAUGCUGUAUGCACACGGGAGUGAUCUUUGCCAUGAUUUAGAAUUGCGUCAUGCAAUGGCAAAUUGUUUUGAAGCGUUAAUGGGUUCAUUAUUUCUUGAUGGAGGUAUUGAGGUUGCCGAUAGAGUUUUUGGUGAAACACUAUUUAAAGAUGAACAAGAUCUUGCCAAAGUUUGGGUAAAUUAUCCAAAACAUCCAUUGCAAGAACAAGAACCAACAGGUGACAGGCAAUGGAUACCAAGUUUUGAGUUAUUACAAAAAUUAACGAAAUUUGAAGAAUCUAUUGGUAUAGAGUUUACUCAUAUUCGUCUCUUGGCCAGAGCAUUUACCGACCGUAGUAUAGGAUACACCAAUUUAACAUUAGGUUCUAAUCAACGUUUAGAAUUUUUAGGAGAUACUGUAUUACAGCUUAUAGUUUCUGAAUAUUUGUACAAAUAUUUUCCAGAACACCAUGAAGGACAUUUAUCUUUAUUACGAAGUUCCCUUGUAAAUAAUAAAACUCAAGCUGUUGUUUGUGAUGAUUUGGGGAUGACUCAGUAUGCACUUUAUGGCAAUCCAAAAGCUGAAUUGAAAACGAAGGAUAGAGCAGAUUUAUUGGAAGCAUUUUUGGGAGCUCUUUAUGUUGAUAAGGGCUUGGAAUAUUGCCGUGUUUUUUGUGAUGUGUGUUUUUUCCCACGUUUACAGGAUUUCAUUAUGAAUCAAGAUUGGAAUGAUCCAAAAAGUAAAUUGCAACAAUGUUGUUUAACGCUAAGAACGAUGGAUGGUGGAGAACCUGAUAUUCCUGUAUACAAAGUGAUUGAAUGUAAAGGACCAACAAAUACAAGAGUUUAUACCGUUGCUGUAUACUUCCAAGGAAAACGAUUAGCGAAAGCGUCAGGUCAUAGUAUUCAAGAAGCAGAAAUGAAUUCAGCAAAAGAAGCUUUAGAAAAAUCUCAAGACUUAUUCCCACAAUUGGAUCAUCAAAAACGUGUAAUAGCAAAAAGUAUGAAAAUGCAACAGUGGCCAAAUAAACUUAAAACAAGAGGAAGAUCUAUGAAACCUAUAGAUAAGCAUGACGAUUCUGAUUCCAGUCAACGGUCUAAAAGAAGCCUUAGCGAAGCGUAA